AUGGACGACCCAGUACCAGACCCAAUCUACAGCCCUGGAGAAGCGCAGCUUUCGGCGGAAUUAGAUUUUCACCGAGAAGCGUUUGAGCUCUAUUUGACAUCUAUCCGAGACUACCCUCUUUACCUAAAAAAGGAUAUGGAAUGGCAAUUUCGGGCGACCUUGGACCAAUACAACGACGUGUUGGCAGAACAAAACGACAACGCACAAAUAAUCAGGAAUUAUAAGGUCGCCUUAGAAGAAUUUCCGGGUAACAUUCAUUUCCUAUAUAGUGCUGGUGAAUAUUUUCUACGCCAGCAAGAGAUUUAUAUUGCCCACCUUCAUUUUGAAAAGGCGGUUCAAAUCGACAAAAACCUAGUAAAAGCACAAAAAUACCUGAAUUUAACAAAGAGGUUGCUGUACUCCCGGGACGAAUACAGAUUGCUGAAUGACGAUCAAAGACUUGGUAAAUAUUUACGAGGUAUAAUUCAAACCUCUAUCCUGAGGAAAGAAGAAGAAAAUGAAAGUAAAGAAUCAGCAGAACAAUCGAUACAACAUUCAUUCGAAGACCCGAAACAAGACUUCUUUUUAAUCGAAAAAGGAACCAAGAUAGAAGAUAUUGAAGACAUUGAAGUUGGCACCUACAGAAACAACCUGCUUGUGAUAACAAAUAGAUUUGACGCCGGCCUUUUAGGUAGUGAGCUAUUAUUUACUAUUCUAUCGGCUUGGAAGAGGAUUCUUACACCUUCAGCGCGGGUUAUUCCUGGCCGGGCUGAAUUUUAUGUUAUUGGCGUCCGCUGUGAGCAGAUUCCAAACAAAUACCAAAUUUCUGCGGAUGCUAAAACACUCCUUGGUGUUCAAGAUUUGUUUUUACACACAGAAACACAUAACCGUGAUCCAUACUUUGGUGAAGACAUCUUCACAUACAAAGACUUAGAGUUCGUGACACAAGAAGAGUUAGUCUUUGAAAUAAACUUUAAUUCGUAUGCCGAUAUUAACAAAAAAAUAGCCAGAGUUUUUCCAGACAACGCAAAAUUGACGGUUACAAGUAGCGGUGAAGUCAAUGCAUUGGUAGAAUUUUUCAAACUUUUUAUAACCAAGGACAUCGUUAUGACAACCGAUCCUAGAUCAGAAGAGAGAUCAGAUGCGUGGAAACAAGCUGUGUUUCAUGAUUUUAUACCAAUGCAAUACACAAGGUGA